UCCAGGAUGAGAGCCCGUGCCUACUGUGAAGACUUUCUGUUCCCAAAGGCUCACAGAACUAUGGCAGAGCUGUGGAGCAUUUACUCCAAAGCUGUCCCAGCAGAUGGCAGAGAGCUGUGGACCUUGUUCCUGCAGUGUUCCUGUGUCACUGUGGUGAUWGGAGCCCUCUUCCACAACUGGCUGUUGGCGUCCCUGGAGUACUCCUGGCACCUCUCCGUCGCAAUGGCCGUGUCCUUCAGCCUGCUCCUUCUCCUGGCUCUCCUCCUGGUGCAUCCUGCCCGCUGUGUCUUCAGCAUGAUCAUGCCCACCUUAGGCACCAAGCAGGGCAGGAAGCUUCUCUUCUCAACCUGCACCAUGAUCGCAGUGGUGAACAUAACGCCCAACAUCAUAAGCAACAUUAAAACCAUCCUGCAGGUUAUUGAGUGCAUCUGCAAGAAUUCCUCUGACAGUCUGCUGAACUCAACUGCUCUGCUGGACAAAGUUGCCUGGGAGUUUGGGGAUGCAAUCCAAGAAAUCAUUCAUCCUUCUUACAAGCCUAUGAAUGGACAUUUUCGGUUUUUGUUGCUUCACAACAACUCCUYGAUUUACCAGCAAAUGCACCUUGCUGGUGAGAAAAUUAGCAGAGAGUUCUUGUCUGUUGAGGUGCUGGUCAAAGACUCUAUACGAGUGGCCAAUAGACUGGUUGCUGGUUUCUUCGUGCUCUAUCUCUGUUUUGAGUCCACCUGGUAUUUGAAAAAUUAUCUCACCAACCUCUGCUUUGACAAUUUUUACAUCACCAAAGAGCUGGAGCGUUUAGCCAUGGACAGAAAAGCUGCUCAUCUGCUGGUGGGCUCAUCCARAAAACUCCUCCGACCAACAGGCUUGAAGCUGUCCUGGGAAGAAGUGGUGCCAUGCCUCGUGCGGGCCAUGCUGGUCACCGUGGCCCUGGUGCUGAUGCUGCUGGUGGUGGCCAUGGACCACUUUGCCUUCAGCAUGGCAGACACGGCGGUGAGAAAGGCAGCCCAGCUCUCUGCUGUGCCURUCAGUCUCAGCAUCAAGUACAAGGUCAAAAUAGGUAUCGUGGACUUUUUAUUCAAAGUUUUUGGGAUUCCUCCCAAGGAAUCACYACUUGGGAGCUUCAACAGGGCCUACCACCAUCAUCUGAUCUUCAGCUCUGCCCACUGCAGGGUCAGCCCCCCGACACCUCCCAACCCCUCUGUGCUGCUCGUUGUGGGGCUGCUCUUCUGCAUCCUCUACACCACCGUGUUCCUGGAAACCUACGCACGCCGCCWGUGCCGCAAGAUCGCAGCCUCCUUCUUCCCGAGCUGGGAGGAGAAACGAGCCCUGCACCUCUACAGGAAACUGUCCAGGAGGCACAGGAAGGAGCAAAACUGUGGGAAGAGCUGAGGAUAG